AUGCAUUUUACCCACGCCCUUCUCGCCAUCUCGGCACUGGCUGGACUCACAUCCGCCACACCCAUUGACUCUCUCGACAAACGCCAGAGUCAGGGUCUGGCGCAGGCUUUCCUGGCCAAAGGACGCAAGUUCCUUGGAACUGCCGUGACAUUCAGGAACGAUGCUGCUGAAAGUGCAAUCUACGGAAACAAGAACGAUUUCAACUCAAUCACCCCCGAGAAUGCCAUGAAGUGGGCUUCGAUUCAGCCCUCGCAGGGCCAAUUCAACUGGGCCGGUGCCGACCAAUACGCCGACUACGCCAGAAGGAAUGGAUACCAGCUUCAUUGCCAUACCCUCGUCUGGCACAGCCAGCUGCCGGCAUGGGUCAGUGGACGUACAUGGUCCCGAGCUGAGUUGACUGCUGUUAUGAAGGCCCACAUCGAUGCGGUUGCUGGACGCUACAAGGACGUCUGUACACGUUGGGAUGUUGUUAACGAAGCCUUGAACGAGGACGGCAGCACUCGUGAUAGUGUCUUCCGCAGGACUUUUGGAGAUGACUUCAUCCCCCUUGCCUUCCAGCUCGCCAAGGCCGCGGCUCCGAACGCACAGCUGUACUACAACGACUACAACCUUGAGACUUCCGCUUCCAAGGCCGGUGGUGCGCGAAGAUUCGUCAACCUGAUCAAAGCCGCCGGGCAAACGAUCCACGGUGUCGGUCUGCAGUGCCAUCUCAGCAUUACCUACAACCCCACCUACGCCUCGAUGGUACAGACAUUGACCGGCUUCACCAACCUCGGCGUCGACGUCGCAUACACGGAGAUCGAUGUCAAAAUGACUCUUCCUUCCAACUCUGCCAAGCUUGAGACGCAGAGACAGGUCUACCAGAACGUCGCGAGGAGCUGUGUGGCCGUACCGAGAUGUGUUGGCAUGACCAUUUGGGGCGUGUCGGACAAGUAUUCUUGGAUCCCUGGUGUCAACCCCGCUGAAGGUGCCGCUGCUUUGUACAAUGAGAACAUGCAAGCGAAGCCCGCGAGGGCCGGAUUCUUGUCGGGAAUCACUGGUUGA